UGGCCCAACGGUCGUUGUGCCACUACCGAUGGGAGAGGGUUCGGGUUCGACCCCACGUGCAGGCGUGUUUGCCAAGUCCUCAGAAAAGGGCUUGCACGUGCCUCUCCAUGCGAGCGGAUAUCCCACCCUCGUUGACCCAGCGAGGGGUGUAAACAAUUGGGGAGGCGGAUUACGAUCGACAGCCGGGGGUAAUUCCCAAGGGGGGGUCCUCCUCCUCCACUUUACUUCAAGGCUUUGCACAAAUGCCCUUGGCUCCGUGGAUAGCCUUUAAAGCCCCACUCUCAUAAUUCUAGGAAGUGAGCAAGUGUU